AUACAUCCACCAAACUUUACUCUUCUGUGGGUGAGCAAGGUUUUUAUUUUAUUUUUACCCUUCCAUCAUCUCUGCUGCUCGUCAUCCUCGUUAGCUCGACUGUUCCCUUCCUCCCCUUCCUCCCCUUCCCCAUCACCUGCUCGGCUUUCUUGUGCGUCUCUUGCACUCUGCCAAGAAAGACAAAACGGCACCAAGGACACAUCCGCCGUCCGCCCACCCAGGCAAUCAAUCAUCAGUCAACCCAGCCCGGACACCUUCAAGGACGAUCCAUACCCAUCCAUACCACACCACACAUAUCACCAAUAUUCCCCUUCCCUUCCCACGAAAAGCCCCAUGUAACGAUCCCACAUUCCCUCUCAUCCACCCAUCAUCUCCACUACACACCUAACCUAGUCUUGCGUCCACACACACGCGCACAUACACUCUCUCACACACACACACACACACACACGCACAUCCAUCUUCAAAUUCUUCUCAACUGUACGAGUUUCUCCGUUGUUGCUGCAACGCGCUGCAUGCCCUAGACCUUUCCACCAUCCCAAGGUCCCGAAAUCCCUUUUGCCUUCUCCCGUUGAGCUCGCCCUCCCUCCGAAGCUUUCACAACCCAACCGCAACCGAAAAAUAAAGGAGAAAUAGGAUAGAAAAAAAAUAAGAAUAGGAAUAAGAAUAACCGGAUCCGCGCGCUGCGGCUGCGCUUGUCUUGCCUUCCUCCACAUUCGCUGCUUCAAUAACAUAGGUUGUCUCUUUGAUUGCAUCCCUCCUCCCACAGCCCUCGCACCUCUCCCCCAUUCGUUCAUCUGGUGUCCGCUUCUCUCGCAUAACCUUUUUUCUUUUUUGUCGUCGUCGUCGUCCUCUCCUUUAUCAAUUCACCUCUUUUCCUUUCAUCGCCAACACCCUUUCAACAUUCUCCCAUCCAUUGCCUGUAUCACGUAUCACCCUCCGUUCCAUCCUUUUAAACCCCCCCUCCUCCGCCACCUUGAGGCGGCCCUCCUGGGCAUCUGCAUUCUCUGUCUCGCACUCCCAAUUCGUUGCCAGUACUCUGCCCCAGCUGCUCGCCUUUGUCACGUGCGUCCCUUGAGCUCCUUAUGGCGGGCUCACUGACGUCCGACCAGGUAAAUUAUCUGAUUUGGAGGUACGUCUUCAAUACUGAAUUCCUUCACCCUUGGAGGUUUCCCGUCAAUCAACUUACACCUUCGUGAAAACGUGUAGAUAUCUUCAGGAGUCAGGUUUGUGGCCUCCCCUCGUUUGCGACCCGUAGUUGAGGGUUUUUCCAUCCUCGCUUCCCCCGGGAAGGGACUGGUUGCUUAAACAUUUUUCGUGUGUGUGACAGGGUUUAAAGAUUCAGCAAUCACCUUUCAGCAGGAAAGCCAUACGGCUGGGAGCGAUGAUGUUUUACGGCCAACAAUCAGGCCGGGUGCCCUGAUACAUUUGAUCCAACGAGGUCUGCAGUACCUGGAGUGCGCGGCGCUUGUGAAUAAGGCACGUUUCCAGUUGUAGCUUGGUGUUGUGCGGGUUAUUUUUUUUCGAAGGGUACCACAAUCGCUGACUAAGCGAGCAGGACGGAUCCAGAAAAAAAGCAGUCGAGCCAUUUUCCUUCUUUCAUGUGGAAGAUGAGGGAGUUGGGGAAGAAAAUGGACACGCAGAUGAGGAUGGAGACGAAUUAAUGGGGGCAUCAAAGUCGCCCACUGCAACUUCCACAACAACACAGACCAAUUACUCAAGGAAACACGGAAGGGAUGAUGGGAUCAAUGGGCUUUCUAAUGCAGGGGCAAACCCAACUGGCGGUGCCAGUGGUGGCGGUGGGACAUCGCAUAAACGGAGGAAAAAGGCGGUUUCUGGCCCCGAUGGUGAUACGCCGAUGACCGAUGGAUUCCCUGAGACUCCGGUUACCGUUGCGGAGGAGCCUCGUGUCACCAAUGGGUGUAGUGUUGGCGUGCAGGUGGAGGAGGGCACUGUGGAGAUCACAGCGGAGGAUUCGGUAAUACUGGGGCAGGAGGAUAAGAAUAUUUCGAUUUGUGCAUGGAAUCCUAUUCAUUCGAAUGUCCUUGCAACCGCAAGUCAAGAUUCUAUUGCACGGAUAUGGAAUGUGCCGAUAGAUGCCACCUCAUCGACCGCGAUCCAAAACAAAGUUAUUUUGCACGACCCAAGCAGAUCCCUUAACCGAGAUGUUACUGCGAUCCGCUGGAGUCCAGGAGGUGACUUGAUUGCUACUGGCUCCUAUGAUGGCCAGACUCGGAUAUGGACUACAGACGGUCUGCUGCGGCAUACCUUACCACCACACCAUGGACCCGUCAUAGCGCUCAAAUGGAACAAGUCAGCGGACACCUUAUUAUCACUGUCUUGUGAUGGAAAAAUUAUUGCUUGGGAUGCUUUAACAGGGGAUAUGCGACGGAGUUUCGAGCAAACAAUGGAAGACCAAGGAAAGGGGGGCCAGGCGAGGGGGGGACAAGCAGAGGCAGCGACAGACAUGGACUGGAUAAGCGAAAGGCAGUUUGCGAUCUGCGGCAAUGGGGGAAGUGUUGGGAUCUACGAUUUGGAUCAUGAUAGCUUACUGAAUGCGGAUACAUCUCAUUCGGGGGAGGUAAACUGUGUGGUCUGGGAUGAGUGUUCGGAGAGAUUGGCGAGUGGAGGAGAGGGUGGGGAUGUACUCGUAAGGCCUCCUCCUAUCAACUGACUCGUUGGUGAACCUCGGGGCUAGCUAACUCGAUAAUCAAGAUCUGGGAAAAGCCCGCCAAGAUCCUUCAACCCUUUAAAUUGCAAGGGCACACUGAAGCCGUAGUAUCGCUGUGCUGGCAGCCAAUUGCGUCCUCACCCCAACCACCCACCAAGCGAGUCCUAGCAUCUGCCUCAAACGACUGCCAAGUUCGCCUCUGGGAGGUUCUCUCAAAAACCUGCAUCAACAUCCUAAACUCCCACGAUGAUCCCGUCGAGAAGAUAUCCUUCUCACCCUCUGGCACCCGACUCGCCAGCAGUGCGAACAGUAAGGUAAUCAUCUGGAACGCUGAAACCGGCGCGAGAACACACGUCUACGACUACCUCAAAGGUCGCAGGAAGAACGGGAAAAUCAUCACACCGGGUACGGAAACCGAUGCGGAGAUUGGUGAAAUUUCUUGGGAUGAGUCCGGGGCCAGAGUUGCGAUUGGCGGGGGCGAGGCGAAGGUUCAUGUUCUUAUGCCGACGAGUCCUUCUGCAAUACUGUCGCUACAGCAGCAGCAGCAACCACCCAAAUAAAUACAUGUGUACCAUCAUCCAUUUAGAAUGGGUGGUUUGAAUUUUCCAUGACACCCAUUUUACGGCCGGUACUAUUGAAUUAAUCCAAAGAAUUUUUUUUUUCCCCUUCUCCCUUUAGCUUCUUCAUACUCUGACACUUUUUCUAUUUGUUUUUGAUUGCUACAUUAUGUUCUGUUCAUAUGCUGUGAAAAUGAUAAGUUCCUUGGGGUGUUGGUCUUCUUUUUCUUCCGUUUUCGUCUCGUCUCUCCUCGCUACCUGUUCGGAUUGUUCUACUAUUUACUUACCAAUAGGAGUUAUUCGUUUCUUUCCUCCUUUUUAUCCCCUUCUCAUUGCUGUCCUCCCCUUGCCCACCCCCCCGCGAUACAGCAUGCUAACGGUUGGGUCACGUUCCGACGUGUACAAUACAAAAUUUCAUGGUAUGAUGUGGCGUGUUUGAUGAAAUGAGCCGGGAAAGCUUAUCCUAUUUAUUUGUUAUUCUGUCAUGCUUUUCUUGCUGGGUUUGGUUCGGAUCGGUUUUAUAUACAAAUUCUCGGCGCGCGCUUCCUUUCCCCGUUUCAUACCCCUUCCCUUUUUCCAUUUCCCUCGACGCCCUCGAGAUCUUUGCUUGUGGCUUAAAAAUUACUCGCUAUGCUAGCCUCCGUCUUCUUCCCAUUACCCUUCCUCCCGGUUUCUUCUCUUUACUCUAGCAGAUUCGUAUGACCUAUAUUCCCAAUUCCAAACCCUAGCUACCCACUGACAAAAGCACUAAAUCUCUUCUCUCUUAGCCCCUUUUCUAUUUGCAACUUCCAACUCUUUCUCUUCAUUCUUGCUCUCUCUCCCUCUUUUUUUUUCCCCCCCCCCCUCUCUUCCGGUAUUCUCCCUAGCAUUAUUCUCGCAAUUCUAGGCGCUGAACAUGUACUGUAUAACUAUUAAACUAACUUCAAAAGGUUGUUGUGGGGGUAAUUAUGAGGGAUGGGGUUUGUAUAUGGUGUUUCCCGUUCCUAUCUUUCUUUUGCCCUAUUUACACCUUUUAGGAUAGUUUCCGGUUUUUCGGCAGUAGUCUGUGAAAAUGGUGAGGGGGAGGAGUGGCUGGGGGUAUGGAAUGGAUGAGGGGAGUAGGGGGGUUGGCUGUAUCACAGGUUUAAUAGAUGUCGUGCCAUACACA